AUGUCAUUGCCUCUUGCACUCCAUCCGCCAUUCAAGGUCAAAGCGCAUUAUUCGUGGUCUGGAGAAGCUCGUGGUGAUUUAGGAUUCCUAGAGAAUGAUAUCAUACAGGUCACAAAAAUAAAAGGAGACUGGUUUUUUGGAACAUUGCUAAGAAACUCUAGAAAAUAUGGCUACUUCCCGAACAAUUUCGUCACCGUCAUUGAGGAAAAGUAUAAUGACUUCAAAUCUUCAGCUCCACCCCAUGAAGAAAAAUCUCCGCCUUCAGUGUCAAAUCAACCACGACUGAGCCUGCCAACUCCAAGUCGCCACCCGGAAGCAACUUCCACGACUGCCGUCCGCAGAGAAAAAGCGUCUCCUUCCACGUUGCACAAAGGUUCCAAAAAUCUUUCCUACAGACACUCACAUACAGAACGGCUGCAACAGUCUUAUUCCACUUCAAAUCUGGUCUCCAAACAUCAUUCUACUUUGCCUAUAAGUCAUGGUAGGUCUCGAACGGACUAUCAGAAGAGAGAUGCAAUUACGCAAUCUUCUGGUAGGAGAAAUAAUGACCUACCGCCCCUGCCGCCUGUUCCAAAGUUGAAAGAAAAAUUGAAGUCAAAAACUGCGGUACCUAAAUCUUUCUCCUCUAACGAUUUACCAGAAGCGGCUGCAAAUGCGGAAUUCACGACACAGAUUUCUAAUCACCGGGCUAGCGCAGAAUUUUACGAUGGCCUGAGCCCCAGAGAAUCUCUGAGUGGCUCUUCGUCCAAUGUAUUCUCGCAUUCACAAUAUAUGGCUGAUUCGACUGGGAGUAGUGCUGACAGUUUUGCGCUGAUGAGCGAUUUCAGUGCAACAAGCGCUGGCAGUUUUGCCAGGCAUAGAUUCGCAAAGUCAUUCAGUGACUCAGUGCAUAGAUCGCAGCUGGUUGCUGAAGAAGGACUCGCCAGGUCUAAGAAUGCUUCCAAUAGUCCCAGAAAGCUUAAUAACAUUCUCAAAAAGUUUAUUUCCCAAGGUGGUGAUGUAUCUUCAGCGAGUUCACCCACGGAUUCAUUUCCAAGACUGCCUGACCUCUCUUCUUUACAACUUGAUACAUCUCAAAAUGAGGCACACGGAUGGGUAGAAGCAAAAGCUCAUCUUCACAGAGCCCAAACGCUGAAUUCUAAAGAGCGUCACGAGCGACAGAUGCUUGCUCUCGAAGAGAAUCGAGAUCUUGUGCUGCACCCUCAGGAAUACAUUCUAGAUGAAAUCACCACCAAUGAAGUUAGACACAGAAGACAGCCUGGUCUAGUCGAUAUAGAGCUGAAUUGUAUCGACAAAGAAUUUAUUGCCGAGGCAAUCAAAAACAAAGCCAAAAAAGGAGGCCCAUCAUCGAUUGAAUCAUUUGCGCGCCAGAUUUUCGCAUCCUCAUACAAAAGUCAGAUCGAAAUGCUUUUUGCCAUAUUCAUCUUCUGCACCGAAACAUUUGCUUUAAUAGACGAUCACGGGCAAACAGAUUUCGGUAAGGAGCCCGUUCAUUUGAGUAAGGCGCUUCAUAAGGCGUAUUGCACCCCAUAUGAGCUCACUUGGAUUUUCAAACGCAUGGCUAAUGCGCUCGGUGUAGUUUGCGAAAUCGUCAUAGGUUUUUUGAAAACUCCAGGAUCUGACAACAUGCAGUUCAAGUAUAACCAUUGUUGGCUUCGCGUUUUGGCUGAUGAAGAGUGGCGAAUGGUUGAUGUCAUUCUUGGAAACAUGACGAACCCCAUCCACGAAUACAUCAAUAAUAGCAAAUCAGAUCACGCAGAGGCCUUUUAUUUUAUGAUGCAGCCACUGCAAUGCAUAUACACACACGUUCCUAGGCUCUACCAAGAACAACAUAUCAUGCCGAUUGUAGAUCAGACAAUCGCAUUAAGUCUUCCCGUGGUUUUUCCAUCGUUCUUCCACAACGAGCUGAAACUCUACAAGUUUAGCAAUGGUCUUGCUAGAUUGGAGGACAAUCAAAUCUACGAAUGUACAUUAUCAAUACCAAACGACGUCGAGAUAUUUUCGUCUGUUGUUGUCGAGGAUACCGAAAAACGGCAACAUUACGAGAACAUGAAUUUCUCGCUUGUGCAGAUCAAGCAUCGCAAGAAGGAGCGACUAGCAGUAGUGAAGGCCAUUCUACCACCAGGGACCUCCCGUGGAGUGCUUCAUAUACAUUCGGGCAUCAAAGGCACGCAAACGACGCUCGUGAAUAUCCAUCCACUCUCACUAAUAAUACCACUCGAGCGUGUGGGUUCUUCCAAAACUUACGAGUUUGUUACGCGAAUUCCAAGCAAAGGUCUACAGAAGGUUGACACGUACGUUAAAGUGCCACAAAACAAGUACCUUUUUGCCAAGAAUGACUAUAAUUUUGAGGUCAUACAGCAUCCUUGCGAUGGUGUUAUAUAUGGCUCGCCCGGUUUUAGCAAGUCGUCGAAACAUGCAUUGGCAGUACAAGCUCCCUCUGGUAAAGUUCAUUUGAUGCGCAAGAGCGAUCCCAAUUUCGACUACGGAACCUGGGAAAUAGCAGUCGGGGCCAAAGACAUGGAGGCUGGGAUAUGGACUGGUUUAGCUACAUCAGACGCUGGUGCGGGCUGGUGUUCGUUCGCAGAAUGGAAAUGCAUGUAA